AUGGCACCUUCCUUCAGCUCGACUCACUCGGGCGACAGCUCGGGACAACUCCCCGACUCUCAAUCCCAAACAACCUUCUCCUCCACUGGUUCAGAUGUCGCAUCCAUCCACACCUUUGGACCCCGUGAAAAGUCUCCCUGUAAAGUCUUGAUCGUCGGCGCUGGUGUCGGCGGACUCAUGUUGGCACUCUGUCUUGAGCGCGCCGGGAUUGACUACAUCCUGCUCGAGCGAACCCAACAGCUCCCCGUCCCCAAAACCACCAUCCAACUCGGGCCCAAUACCCUUCGUGUAAUAGAACAGCUGGGUCUCUUGGAUGAAGUGAUGCAGUUUGCCAAGCCAGUCUCGGGGCUGACGCUCAUGAAGCACAACAUGACCGUUAGUGGUCGUAUCGACGCCCUAUUAUACAAAGAAAGAUAUGGCCAUUAUGCAUCCAUUGUCCUGAGAUCAGAGUUCCUUCGAAUCCUGAUCUCGCAUCUGCCCCAGGGUAAAGUCCUGUGGGGCAAAUACGUGCUCGAGAUUGUCAAUGGGAACGCGGGAGUUCAAGUCCGGUGCUCCAACGGCUAUGUCGAAGAAGCGGACAUCAUCAUCGGAGCCGACGGCGCUUACAGUGCGGUCCGCCAAAACAUCUACCGGACCAUGAAGACCAAGAACCUUCUCCCCAAAUCGGACCAAGAACCUCUCAAGCAUACUUUGAACGCCAUCAUUGGUAUCAGCCAACCCUUGGAUGGAUCUCGCUUCCCGGUUGCGUACCAACAGUUUUGUGAAGCCAGUGUAGUUGUUGGUAAGGAUCCGUCGUAUUCGUUGUGGUUGAGUCCGCUUACCAACAACCGAAUGUUCUGGUCGGUCUCGGGCGAUCUGUUGAAACCCGAGGAUGGCGAUAACACCAACUUUAAGCAAUCCGAGUUUGGACCGGAGGCUGUGGAUGCCGUCUGUGGGUUGAUCCAGGAUCUUGAGCUCCCUUGGGGUGGGACCUUGGCAGAUCUGAUUGAGUGUACGCAGAGGGAUCAUAUGACCAAGAUUAUGGUUGAAGAGAAGCAGUUCAAGACAUGGCAUUAUGGCCGUGUCGCCCUUAUCGGUGAAGCUUGUCACAAGUUCCCACCAUUCUCAGGCCAGGGUGCAGAACAAGCCAUCAUGGACGCGAUCUACCUCGCCAACCAUCUCUACCGUCUCGACGACGUCCCCGUCCACGAAGAUUAUCUCAAGAUCUUUGAAUCCUACCAACGUCGUCGCUCACCCCUUGUUAAAGACGCUGCCCAAAUGACCAACGCCAUGACACAUCUGAUGAACACUCAGGGCGUCUCUGCAGAUGUGAAAAGGAAGGUGCUGUUUUCGUUGCCGGAUUGGUUGAAGAAUGUGGGUGCGGACAAGUUGCAAGUGAGACCGUUAUUGGAUUUUUUGGCGCCUGUUGAUGAUCGUGGCAAAAAGGCUGUCAAGUCUUCUAAUGUCAUGUAA